UCGUGCGCUGACUCAUAUCGCUUCCUACAGAAAGCCCGCGCCCCAGGGUUGUGCAGAGCGAGAUAUCGCAUUAGAGAGGCAGACUUUGACUUGAGGUAAGGACACAGUCUGCUCACACAGCUCACUUGGUCUUUAGUCACAAGAGAAAAAGUGCAUUACCUCAACAGCAACUGUCCUUCCUUUCUUUCAAAGAGGGAAAAAAAAAACCUUUUGGGUACAUUAAAAUCAAAAGGCAAAAGCCAUUUUUUCAGGCAGUGCAUUUGUUGGAAGAUUAAGACCCACGGCAAAAUGACUUUCUGUGGAAAUGACACAUGGAGCGAAGGGAUGGGGGAACGCGCUCUUUAAAUGAGUCACAGUGAUCUGAAUGUCAUUCCGGACUGGAGAAUAUUUUGCAGCGGACAUAAAAGACUAGAUCUCAAACCUAGCCUGAAACAUGCCUCUGUUUGGCUGGAUGAAGUGGUCGAAACCCGAAGUGGACAGUCCAGUCCAGAAACAUAGCGAGGUGCCCACCAAGACUUUAAUGAGGGCGCUGCUGUGGCACAUGGAGGAGAGAGAGAGGCUGGUCCGGGAGAUGGAGAAGGAGCAGACCGGCAUGGAUUACAACUGGCUGCAGAGCUACCAAAGCUUGAAAUCCCUUCUCCCAUCGUCGGAGCGCAGGCAGCUGGAGCACCUCUGCUCCCAGAUCCAGCCUUCCCACACUGCCACUGUGCUGUCCCGGUUCCGAGAAAUACUGUUAGGAAAUGACAUUCUGCCUUGGGAGCUAGUCUACGUAUUCAAGCAGGUCUUGAAGGACUUUAUAACAAAAAAGGAGGAAGAAAAGCAGCAAAUAAGGCUGAUGGAAUCCUGGACCAACAGAUAUCAAAUGAAACAGGGGUUCAAUACCCCCACCGUCCCCGACUGCAGCAAAACUCACAAAGAGGAGAUCCCCACAAUAUCAAGCUACAUUGACAAAAGCAUGCAAGGUGAAUGUCCAUAUUUUGUUGAAAGAAUCUGGGAUUUACCUUACUACUACCCCGCUCACUGCACCUGCUUGGAGGCAUACAGUGCCACAAUAUAAUGCAUCCCUUUCAUACUGUAGACAAAAACAUUAGCUAAAAAGGUUACCAAAAUUAUUCCUAGACAAUCUGACCCUGUGGAACUCAUGUACAGUGUUUGUUUUUUGUUUUCUAAGAGUACUGUUCUAAAGUUUGGAAGUGGCAUGCUUAACAACGAUCGUGUUAUUUACGGAAUGACUUGGUGGGGUGUUAGUUCUUCAUUUUACCCCCACAAAAACUGGUCUCUGCAGUGGUGACUUCCAAGCCUGGUAGAACAUUCAAAGCAAGUUCAUUGUAGUCAAGGUUAAUAGUAGCAACUGUUUUAUUGCAGAGUAACUACUGUAGUCUUGCAGAAACCAUGUGGGUCUUAAUCUUCCAACAAAUGCACCAUGUAAAGCCAUGUCUCUACAAAAUGCUGUUAAAUUCAUUCUGUCUCACUAAUCUGUGGGUAGAUUAGAAAAUAUCCCAUCAGCAAGAUUCUUGUGACUAGUUUUGUAACAUUAACAGCUUCAAACUUUAGACCAGAGAAGGCUUACGUUGACCCUUCCAGACUUGGUCUUUUUUCCAAUCAUGUUCUAAAUGGUUUAACUGAUUUAAUUAAACGUCCAUCCAGAUCCUGAAGUAGUUCACUAUACUAUUGUCUGAGCCUCUAACUUCAAGGGUGAUCAUGUUCAAACCAAGGACUACCAACACCUUUCCCUUGACAAAGCGAGCAGCAUGGACCCAACCACCCUUGUUUUGUUGCAUUUAGAGUUGCAUCACCAUGCAGAUUCCAACCUUUAUUUCAAUUUUCAAAGCUUGUCUUUAACAGCAAGCCGGUACUGCCUUUCAAUGAUGUUUUCAUUUUGCAAGCAAUGGAAGGGGAUAUUCUUGUCUCAGAUGGCAUUCUUCUGAUUUCUCGACUGGACUGCAUUUCUGAACACUAAUAACAAGAGUAAGAGAUGAGACUGAGAGUGCAUUGCGGGUUCUGUAAUGGAAAAUAAAACGUUUUACUCUUUGCCUUACAUCUCCUUCAACUUCGGUGUGGUUUUCUUUGUAUAGUAAUCGUACUUUAACCUUCUGAGUGAAAACAGAACAUGUUAUUCAAAAUGCUGGAAUGCCUAGUACCCCGAAUGCAAUAAAUGUAUAUUUCAAAUACCUUUAAGGGUUGUUUUUUUUUGUUUGUUUGUU